AUGUCCAACAAGUCGAAGCUUGGCUUAUGGCACACGACAACCUUGCAAGAAGCCCAGUCCGCCCGCCAGCAAGGCCAGCAAGGCCAGCAGCAAUCUUACCAGACAGUCGCUGUCGCUGGCCAAAAACGGCCACCACCUGACGGGUUGCUCCCCGCAGAGCCCCAACAAAAUGCUGCGUCGUCCACGAAGCGCACUACGCUGUCUCGUCCGAGUGUGAUUCUCUCCAAGGAGCCCCCACGACUGACGGCGAGCAGCAUCGGGUGUGCAGACAACUUUGCUGUUGGUGCAGGUGCUGGGCAGCCUUCCGAGUACACGCAGCGUAGGGCCUUUCCAUCCACGCCAACUGCUCCCGUUGACCCCUUGCUUUCGCUUUCGCAUCCCAUCUAUGGGCUACCGGAACAGCUCAUAGCAAACUUCUCUGCCCUGGGCAUAAAAACCAUCUAUCCUUGGCAAAAACAUUGCUUGCUUGGCCCGGGCCUUCUCGCGGGCGAGAAGAACUUGGUCUACAGCGCCCCCACUGGCGGCGGCAAGUCGCUCGUCGCCGAUGUCCUCAUGCUUAGGCGGGUCCUUCUCGACCGCGGUUGCAAGGCUCUUCUGGUGCUACCCUAUGUUGCUCUCGUCCAGGAGAAAGUCCGCUGGUUCCGAAAUGUUGUCAGUGGCAUCUCCCGCGAAGAUCCCAGUCAGACGCAGCCAAAUGCGCAGGGACUGUGGGCCAAGAGGGCCGAUAAAGACACCAUCAGGGUGGUUGGCUUUUUCGGCGGCAGCAAGAUUCGCGCGACCUGGGCCGAUUUCGACAUUGCUGUCUGCACCAUAGAGAAGGCAAACUCGCUCGUGAACGCGGCGAUCGAUGAUUGCUCCGUCUCGCAGCUGAAAUCCGUUGUCUUGGAUGAAUGUCACAUGAUUGACGAUGGCUACCGUGGCUAUUUGCUUGAGCUCAUAGCUACCAAGCUCCUAUGUGUUGGCCAGGAGCUUCAGAUUGUUGCCAUGAGCGCAACUUUGACAAACAUUGGCCUGCUCAAAGACUGGCUACAAGGACACUCCUACGAGACGCAUUACCGCCCGGUCCCCAUUGAGGAACAUCUUGUAUAUGAAGGCAAAAUAUAUCCGGUGGGGACAACGGCCAGCCUGAUCAAAGCUGCCACGCAGUUGGACGCUCGCGGCGCACCCACGCAGCCUCGAGUGCAACAUCUGAGAGAAAUCGGUCCCUCGCCCCAUCGGGAAUUCAAGGACUCGGUGCUCAAUGCCGUGGUCGCUCUAGCCAACGAGACAGCCAGGGCUGGCUACGGGGUCCUGAUAUUCUCCAGCAGCCGCGCGGGCUGCGAAACCGAUGCUCUCCUCAUCAGCCGGGUGAUGCCCUCGUCCAAAGAGAUUGACCCUGCUGUGCGGGAAAAGCGGUCAGACUUGCUAGGAGACUUGCGGAGCUUGACCACCGGACUCGACCCAAAGCUUAAGCAGACUGUCCCAGCCGGAGUUGCUUUUCAUCAAGAACGAGAGCUGCUCGCCAGUGCUUACGAUGCCGGUGUACUCAAAGUAUGCGUCGCAACAUAUUCGCUUGCUGCUGGCAUUAACUAUGAGCGGGUUAUCUUGCAUAACGCCAGAAUGGGCCGAGAUCUUGUCGGGCCUGCCAUGCUCCGACAGAUGCGAGGUAGAGCCGGAAGAAAAGGAAAAGACGAAGUUGGCGAAACCUAUCUGUGCUGUCGACAGAAUGACUUAGAGGCUGUUGUCGAUCUUAUGCAAGGCGACCUGCCCCAAAUUUCAAGUUGCCUGAUCUCGGAUAGACGGCGUAUUCGGAGGGCACUGUUUGAAGUUAUAGCUAUUCGGCUGGCGACCAGCCGGGAAGCCUUGGACGACUAUAUCAGCAAGACCAUGCUUGCUUACUCUGCUGAGCCUGGCUCUAUUCGAGAAAAUCUCGAGGCGAGCCUUGCCGAUCUCCAGGAGAUGGGGUUCAUCACGGUUGAUGACUACUCCAACUUCGAAGUGACUAAAUUCGGCAAAGCUAUCGUUGCUUCGUCCCUUGACCCCGACGAUGGUAUCUUUAUUCACAGUGAGCUCAAAAAGGCUCUGCAGGCUUUUGUCUUGGACGGCGAGAUGCACUUUCUCUACAACUUCACGCCGGUACAAGACUUCGGCGGUACUGCCAUCAACUGGCGUGUCUUUUGGGACGAGAUGCAACAACUAGACGAGAGCGGGAUGAGAGUCAUGGAUCUGCUGGGACUCAAGCCCUAUGUCGUGAACAGAAUGCUCCACGGAGGCACGAUGAAGGACAAAACCGCCGAGGAGAAAGAUGCCGGGCGACGCUAUCACAGAUUCUACCUUGCCCUCCAGUUGCGGGAUCUCUGCAACGAGGCUCCAAUACAUCGCGUGGCCCAAAAGUACGGCAUGCCCCGCGGAGCAGUGCAGAGCCUGGUUCAAACUUGCGAAGGCUUCGCCGCGGGAGUGAUCAAGUUCUGUAAACAUAUGGGAUGGGGUGCCAUGGGAGCAGCCAUGGAUCACUUUUCGGACCGGCUAAAGGCAGGAGCUGGUGCGGACCUCUUGGCUUUGGCCAAGAUUACUUCCGUCAAGAGCCGAACCGCCCGAAUAUUCUGGGGCAAUGGCUUCAAGUCAGUUGCCGCUGUUGCCAAUGCAGACCCCAGCGAACUUCUACCGGUGCUCAUGCAAGCGCAGCCGAGCAAAGCGAGGUUGGAGAUAGAAGACGAGCAAAAGUACAAGGGCAAACUACUCGCCAAGGCUAAGAUCAUUACAGAUUCAGCGAACAAGAUAUGGCAGAUGGAAAUGCGACUGCAAAUUGACGAGGAAUAG